AUGACCGUCAAAAUUGGCUCCUUUUCUGGCCCUAUCGAGCGCAGGAAAAUCAACCUCGUUCAACAUGGGAAUCAAACCGACUCGCUUGUUAUUGGAGACAUAGUUCAGAGCUGGGGUCAUAUAUGGGAAUGGAGCGAGAAUUGCGUGUCGCAGAACCAGGCCAGAGCGUGGCGUCAGCACGCUGACCCUCUUUGCGAUGAGGCGUUAGGUAUACUAUUCCCUGGCACUUCCUCAAGCACUGGAAUCGACCUCUUCACUGCGCUUAAACAACACACUGAGAGUACACGCUCUGAAGAUGCCGCGUGGUUGUUCUACGAUACCUUCUCACAGAUACCCCCACCAGACCUUUGCGUCACGGAGGAAGAGUACAAAGUAGCCGUCGCUUUUUUCUUGGAUCAUGCUGUUCAAAUUUCGCAAGCGUUGAGCUAUUAUAGUCUUGCGGGCGGGUUUGCGAGUCCACGAAUUGUUCGCACGCUUCAUGCUGUUUCUUAUCUCGUCCCCCAUGGUCAGUCGAAAGGGGUGGCGCUCGCCGAUAUCAGUAGUGACGAAAAGAGAUCGUCGGAUGACCGAACGUAUAUACGCCUGAACGAGACAUUCCAGUUUGUCUUGGAGGUAAUGGGUUGUAUGACGCCGGAGGUGUCGAGGGAGAACGUUCUUCCUGGCGGUGAUGGAUGGAAGGCCACGCUCAGAGUUCGUAUGUUACAUGGAAUUGCUCGUCGUAGAGCUCGGGCUCGUCUCGACAAGAAUGAUGCGGGUGGUAUAGACUUCGAACCGAUCAACCAGGAAGAUAUGAGCGCUACUCUAGCGGCAUUCUCGACAAUCCCUCCAUGGUGUCUCUCUCGUUUUCAUCUCACACCAACUCCCGAACAAUCCAACGCCUACCUCGCUCUCUGGCGCCAUAUCGGUUUCUACCUCGGAAUUUCACCGUCCAUUCUUCGACGGUAUUUCCGUUCACCAGCCACAUCUGACAAGUUCCUCGCCUCCAUCGCCAUCCACCUCUUCACCCCUCCAUCAGACUCUCCCACAUACGAACUCCUCCCCACGCCGACGAUGCCCAUACUUCGCGCCAUGUCCAACCGUCCUGGAGCGUUUCGCACCAGUCUCGAAUAUAACUGCGCGCUGUCCAGAUACCUGCUAGGCGACGUAUUGGCCGACCACCUAAAUAUCCCGCCAACGAGUUUGUGGACGAAUAUUAAGUUACAUCUUUCCCUAUUCUCCCAUCGUGUCCCGGUGUAUUUCUCGUGGUAUUAUCCGCGAAGAGGAUGGGCAGAAGAACGGAGGGAGAUGAUCAGGGAGGCUCUCAUCCGAGUUACGCGAUGGAACCUCGGGAUGAGAAAGACCACGUUUCGGCCGCGGCAGCCUUACGGCCUCUCGUCUCCCGAAGGCGCAGACUUUAUUCGGGGAGGAGUAAAGGGUGAGAACGGAAGUGAAGCGGGUGGCGAGAUAGCUGAAGGUGUUGUGGAGAAAGAGAAGAUCGAGCCGGAUUACGAGGGUGGACGGAAGUUGGUGAAGUCGUUUAGGAAUGUAUGGCUUGAGAUGGUCGGUGUGCUUGGGUUGGGUGUCAUGAUGUGUGGAGUAGCCGGCUGGGCGGGCGUACAGUGGUGUUUACAGAGGUGGUAG